CGAAGCGUUGAAAACUUUCCAUCAAAGAAAUAUUUAGAGACAUUUUUUAACCUCUUUGAGUUCGCUUUAUCCAAAGAAUAAUGAAGAGAAAGAUACAGGAUUCUAGUGCUUUGCAUGAGGAUGUGGCAGUCAAGAAGGUUGCACUCGAUGGAGCAGUUAAACAGGCGCAUUCGGCCAGUAAGAACACGUCUCUUUAUCGACCACCGACAAGAGAAGAGAUAAACACUCUGAAAGAAACCGAAAAUCUCUUUAAAUCAAGUCUUUUUCGCAUGCAGAUAUCUGAACUCCUAGAGGAAGUACAGCCUAAAAAACAAAAGAGCAAGGCUCUUGACGAAGUGCUUCAUGAGCUGAAUACAUUUCUGAAGUCUUUAUCAAAGGGUAAAGAGCAUGAUCUAUCUGAUAAUUCAUGGAUUCCAAAGAAGGUCAAAUUUCCUCUACCACCCCCUCCAUCAGAAGUUAGAGGAAAGUUCCAGUUUAUUCCUCCAUCAGUGAUGAAUGUUGUUGGUAGCUACAUGCUUGGAACCCUGACCAAACCAGACUUUACUGUUGAUGUUACCAUGGAAAUGCCUCAGGAGUGUUUUCAACCCAAAGAUUACCUCAACAUGCGAUACCAUCAUAAAAGAGCACUCUACCUCACUGUCAUUGCAUCCAAGUUGAUUAAAAGUAAAAUGUUUGCUUCUGUCAACUUUACGCAUUUCAAUGGAGAACUUCUCAAACCUAUAUUGCUGCUCAAACCAAAAGGCAAAGCUGGAAAGAAUUAUACAAUCAAGUUAUUCCCUGUUUUGCCUGACGGGGUAUUCAAGCUGCCCCGAUUYGCACCUGACAAGAAUAACAUCAGAUCUCACUGGUUUGAAGGACGGGAAAAUGACGGAGAAAUAGGAGAUAUUGGCCUACCAACACCACAUUAUAAUACAAGCAUUCUGUCAGAUUCUCUGAUGCAGAAACAUCUCCACCACUUAUAUCAGUGUAUAAAUGACUGCCCUUCAAUGCGGGAUGCAGUAAUUCUCAUUAAUGUUUGGUUACAACAGAGAGAACUUUCUAGAGGUCAAGGCACAUUUAGUAGCUUUCUCAUUGCCAUGGUAUUGUCGCAUUUAUUUACAAGUAGAAAAAUCAAUUCCCAUAUGAGCUCCUACCAGAUUCUCAGAAUCUUCUUACAGUUUAUUGGUUCCACUGACUGGACUGAAACUGGAAUCCAAAUGAGGAAAGAACAAAAUGAGGAAAAGCUUCCCCUCUUGUCUGACUUUCAUGCAGUAUUUGAUGUGGUUUUCAUUGAUCCUUCUGGUUAUUUAAAUUUAUGUGCUAAUCUGAGCAAACAUACAUAUUUCAGGGUUAAGCAUGAAGCCAAGCUUGCAAUAGAGUUUCUAGACAGCAGAUUUCUUGAUGGAUUUGAAGUGAUGUUCAUGAGGAAAGUCCCYUUCCUCCAGACCUUUGAUCAGUUUGUGUGUCUGUCAUCUGUCACUUGUUUGGAAGAGACAAAGRACAAACCUGAGCUUCAGGCACAGAUGCUGAGCAGAGGAGGAGACUGGGUGCCAGCUGUUUGUGAUUGGAUGAUUGACCUGUUGAAAAAGGGCCUGGGAAAGAGGAUUGAGCUCAUAGGCUUUAAACCAUUGGCAGCAAAGCAGUGGUCUGUGAAAGAGUCACCCCCUUUCGUAUCACAUGACAGUUUGAUGGUUGGUUUCUUGUUGGACCCUAAUCACUCAGACAAAGUGCUGGAAACAGGACCUCCUGCUGAUGACCCUCAGGCUGGGGAGUUCAGAGCAUACUGGGGUGGGAAAUCUGAGCUYCGACGAUUCCAAGAUGGUUCUAUCCUAGAGGCAGUGGUUUGGUCUUGUAGAACCAUAGCAGAUAGGAGAGUCAUCUGUGGCCAGGUUAUCAAGCAUAUUCUCCAAAGGCAUUGCAAGAUAGAUCCAUCUGAGGUUCAUUUCAUUGCUAAUCAACUCGAUCCCAUACUACAAGUAUCUAYGAGAAAAACCAACACUCCUGCAAAAGACAAAAGCCCAGGAUCCCAGAUGCUGGAUUCAGUGGAAACGGGAGAAGAAAACAUGCAACAUGUGAUGACCACUUAYGACUCGCUUUGCAAGCAGAUAAGGUCACUUGAACUACCCCUGGGAGUCCACUCAUUGCAAGGAAUAAGUCCAGUAUUUCGCGGAGCUGAGGUUUUUCCUCCAAGUUCUUGUCAGAAAAAUGCCUUUAAACCAAAGCAACARGAAGAUAGUGACAAAGAGAAUGGGAAAGUUGUCAAAAUGGCAACAAAUAUAAGCAUACCCAAGCCUAAUAAAGCUCCCCUGUGGUGUCCAGUAGCUGAAGUUCUGCUUCAGUUUGAAACAAGUGGCAAGUGGCCAGACAACCUUGUUGCAAUUCAACACAUCAAAGCAGCUUUCCAUGUGAAACUUGCCGAGUUGCUGUCUUCCAGUUUUUCACUUCAGUGUGUAGCAACACCCAAGCAUGUUGAUGUUUUGAAAAAUGGUUUUGGUUUUAGAGUCRAGAUAGCUCACUACAGAGAGAUGGUUCUCCUUCAACAGAGUAUUUCUUCUGAGGAAUCAGAGGAGAAAGAAGUCAAAGAAAAACUGGCCAAGAUGGAAAGAGAAAUUGUCCAUCUGCCUGUUCUGACAACCACAUUGCACAGCUGAGGAUCAUCAAGAAAUUUCUACCAAAUUUUCAAGUGGCAGGUCUAAUCUACCUCCUUUAUUYAUCUCAACUCCAAAAGAUAAAUUUGACUCAAAAUGGACCAAGGAAGCUCCGACAAAGCAGAUCCUACACAGAAUGGAAGUCCUUGCCAAAGAGUCCUAUUCAGUCCUUCUGAAUCAGCUGGAAGAAUUCUCUUCUCAGAAGGCAGACUUUAAGCAAAUCUUUCGACCUCCUAUGGCUGACUAUGAUAUCAUCAUCUGGUUAAAGCAUCGCUGCAUUCCCCGGUAUUUUCAGUCUGUUGAUUUCACCAAGUUACAGAAUGACCAGCAAGACCAACAGCGAGGCAGUGGAAUGCCUGUGUUGGCCUUUGACCCUGUGCAGUGUUACAUUACUGAGCUAAAGGAAUCUUUCUCAGACAUAGCGAUGUUCUUUUAUGAUGAGAUGGGAGGAGAUUGUGUUGCAGUUGUAUGGAAACCACAUGUAUUUGAAAAAAGUCCAUUCAAAGUGUUAAAUGCGCAAUACAAAAUCCCUGUAGAGGAGAAAAYAAAAAAGUCAAAACAUCAGCAACAUCUUGUGGCACUCAACACAGAGGCUAUUAUUGAAGACUUCUCACUUCUUGGUAAAGGGCUGAUAAAAAGGGUAGAGGUUGUAAAGAAAGGAAUAUCCAAUGGAAACACACAAUGAAAAGCUACUACUUUUCUUACCACUACCAGGAUUCUUUGUUAAAUUUAUUCCCUAGUACAAUGCAAAAGAAAGAGUGCAAGGGAAAUGAAAUUCUUUGUUGGAGUUGUAUCCAUAUUCAUGUGUUUUUUUUAUGCACAACCGUUAAAAAAAGAAUUAAUACUCUAGGGAAUGACACAUAAUCUUGAGAAUAAGAUUCUUUGUUUGAGUUGUAUCCAUAUUAAUGUGUCGUCUUAUGUGCAACUGAGCUCAACCGUUAAAAAARGAAAGUAUAUUAUGGGGAAUGACAUGUGGACUGAAAUGGGACAACAUUACGCCUGAGCCGAGGAGGUCUAUAAUGAAACAAGAAUAAAAAGGACAGAGCUACAUUUUCCUCUUUUCAUACAUGUAUAAAGGGGAGCUUAUGAAAAAAUGAUGAAAAUAAAAAGAAGUGUGAAUAAAAAAGAUGGGAAAGAAAUGAGACAGCCAGAGUUCCCACACUUUAUAUGAUUGCGUACAUGAAAAAAUGCUUUGAAAAAGAGACAGAACCUAUGAAAAAAGAUUUAAAAAACGAUAAAAUAAAACUAGAACUUUUAAAGAUUUCCACUUCUUAAUGUGUGCAUAYAUAAUAAAUAGGAAAAAAAGAAAA